GGACGGCAACGACAAUUAUUCCCGGAACAGUAAUGGAAAUUCCUUUCGAGCAACGGAUGUCCGCCUGUUGGAAGAAUGGGGGAAGGGCGAGGGCGAGGGCGAGGGUUAUCGCCACGAUUCAUUCAUCGUUGGCCGUCUCUUUACUUUACUCCGUACUUACAGUAGUGUACUCUCGGAGUCCGGGGACCAUCUUUUCUUUACCCAGUUCCUUUUAGUCUGUUGCUUGAUUGCAAGAUUACAUCGUUACGAUUACCAGAAGUAGUCUGGCAGUGGUGAUCUGACGCCUUAGUUUCUUAUUCUCAGCGUCCUUCUCUCUCUCACUCAUUGUCGUCAUUCUUACUCUGCUUGCUCUGCUUUCCCUCUAUCUGGAUUUCGCCGUAUGUCUCCUAAUAUUUGAGUAUAAUCUGAGCACCAAGCCCCACUACUGUAUCAGAGUCUGGCGGUCUGUUCUAUAUGACUUCCACUUCCUCCCCGACAUCGCCCACAUAGGCCCUCAAUCGCUCAAGUCAAGUCUAUCGAGAAGUAAACAGCAUGGCACCUCAUGAUCCUGAAAAGGCAGACUCUUCAUCCUCGCCACCAGGUCUCGUCACCAAUAGCCCACUCUCACAUCCAGGCCUCUCCACUCUUCAGGAUAAUGACCAGGACAAAGACCAGGACAAGGAGCAGGACAGAGACAUAGACACAGAUUCAUCGACCAUGCAUUCACACACCCGUUCCUCUAUCGGCAGUAUAUCACCUAUCCCCGUCCAAGACGAAGUGACCCAGAAAUCAGGCGACCCACCUCUCUCAAAAACAAAAUCCAAAUCCUCAUCCGUGAGAUCACGAGCCGUAACCAUCGUGCCGCGAGCGAAGAGACGAGGGCUCUUAGCGAGAUUGACUGUUAUCCCCGAAGUGGAGAGACCAUACGAGUACAAAAGGAGUACGAAAUGGUUCAUCACGUUCCAGGUCGCUAUAGCUGCAGCUGCUGCGCCGAUGGGAAGUGCGAUUUUACUGCGUAAGUCUAAGUCUCACAUCAUGAUCUCAACUAUAUGAUUUAAAGUUCGCGAUAGAGUUAGAGUUAAAGUAAAGAUCUGACAAGGGUUUUAGCUGCACUCCCAGAAUUAGCGAUAGAUCUUAACACCACGCCAACAAUCACCAAUUUAUCAGUGGCUAUGUACAUGCUAUCUAUGUCCAUAUUCCCACUCUGGUGGUCUUCAUUCUCAGAGACGCUCGGCCGGAGAUCCAUCUACCUAACCUCGUUUGUACUCUUUACAUUGUGGAAUAUCAUCUCCGCAAUCUCAACUUCAAUGGGAAUGUUGAUUGUCAUGCGAGUCCUUGGAGGCGGUGCUGCGGCUUCAGUGCAGGCCGUUGGUGCUGGGACUAUUGCCGACAUCUGGGAAGUCAGAGAACGGGGUCGAGCUAUGGGAAUCUUCUACCUUGGUCCCCUCCUGGGUCCUUUACUGGCGCCUAUCAUUGGAGGGGCUGUGUCUCAGGCUUGGGGAUGGAGAGCUACUCAGUGGUUCCAAGUCAUCUAUGGUGGAAUAUUAGUGGUGCUAUUAACAUUCUGUCUCCCUGAGACACUGGCCAAGCGACAACCUCUAACCCCUCCAGACGAGAAAUCUGGAAAUAGACCGGAGUUGACUCGAAUAUCAACUCGACAAUCCGUCCACCUCAAAACAAAGAGAGCAGCAAAGGUCUUCAAGCGCUGUAUUAUCGACCCAUUGAGCGUGUUAGCAUAUCUCCGCUUCCCAGCCGUGGCUCUUACGGUAUAUCUCGCAAGUGUUACUUUCGGCUCGCUCUAUAUUCUCAACAUCUCCAUUCAGCAAACGUUCUCGGAGUCUCCGUACGACUUCAAGGUUAUCAUCAUCGGCCUGCUUUAUAUUCCCAAUUCUCUUGGUUACAUCCUAGCGUCAUUGAUUGGUGGCCGUUGGACCGAUUAUAUCAUGCACCGAGAGGCACGAGCUGCUGGUCGAUAUGAUGCUGCUGGAAGACUAGACUUCCGGCCAGAGGACCGCAUGAGAGAAAAUGCCUGGAUCGCAGCGGUCAUGUUCCCUGGCGCCAUGGUGUGGUACGGUUGGACUGCUGAGAAAGGUAUCAUCUGGAUUGUCCCGAUGAUCGCAAAUUUCUUCUUCGGCGUCGGCAGCAUGAUUAUCUUCGGCGUAGCAACGACCAUGCUUACAGAGUUUCUUCCAAAGCGCAGUAGUAGCGGUGUCGCUGUUAACAACUUUGUCAGAAACAUCUUCAGUUGCGUUGGAGGUGUCGUCGGUGAGCCACUGAUCAAAGCAAUUGGCAACGGCUGGUUGUUUACUGGACUUGGUGUUAUUUGCUGGUUCAGCGCGUUUGGAGUUGUCUUCUCCAUGAGGAGGUUCGGACCAAAAUGGCGCAUUACAAUGGAUGCGCAGUUGAAGUGAAGCCGGAGAUUUGAUAUACCCUCCCAUAGAUAUUCUGGAGAAGCACCCUAAAAGAGGGGCGAGGGAUUGCUCUUGCCACGGCUCGAUUCCGACGUUCGAACCAUUGGAUUGCUGAGCAUCGCAACGCUUGAAUCAUCUGAUGGCCAAGCGACUUGCCCUACAUUGGUAAUCGAGAAGAGUGCCAUCAGUUGAGCUUCUGUGGCAACCUCUCAGACACUUGCCUCAUUGAACCAAGCUUGCGCUUCAAGGAUAUGGCGGCGCUCUCUGACCACACUAGCAGCCGGUCAUUGAUUGUCGAGGCACCCAUAACCUCCCUCUAGAUCUCAUAGAUCAUGAAAUCAUCCGGAUUUUGCUGCCGGAGGAGAUCAUUGACAACAAGUGAUGUUGACCAUGGAGGAAGACGGCCGACUUGUUUCUCGUAGUGUUCGGCGAUGUGGAUGAAUCGCCCUAUUGUCUGGUCAGAAAACUAAUAUGCACUUCAAAUAUAGAAAAGUUGCAAGACUGCCUUAACCAUAAGAGGGAUACCAUGUGAAGUAAUCGCGUCAGAGAGAUCCCUUAUCAUGGAAAGAUGUGGGAGAUGAUAAUAGAACAACGAAUGAAAGAUUUUCAAAAGCAUACCUUCCCAUGUAUAGCAACAGUCACAGUACACACAUCUCCA